AUGGAUUUCAAUAAUCGAAGAAGCUGUGGGAAGGAGUUGUUCUGUUACGUGCACAUUGGUGGACAUUUUGAAGCAAAUGGUGAAGGGAUAGUUAAAUAUAUUGGAGGGAAUGUAAGGGUAACCAGUAUAAAAGAAUGGAUAACAGUAGACAAGUUGUGUGGAAUAAUUUCACAGUGGAUAGGUAAUGAUGGUGGUGGAUAUGAGAGUAAGUAUAAAGUUAAAUUUAAUGAGAGUACAUUGAUUGAUCUUUGUGAUGAUGGUGAUAUCUGCAACUUGUUUAGAUAUAAUGACAGCAGUGAUCAUAUGUAUGUAGGAGGGAAAGGGAAUGAUAGGGAACCUAGAGCAAGGAAUGAUCCAGACGUGAGUGAGAAUUUAUUUGGACUUUCACAAGACAUGAAUACAUUUAAAACGACCAUUGGUGAUGAACAUAAGCCAGUGAAUGUUGAGAAUGGAGUUGAAUGCCUGACUUUUGAAGGAGGCGGAUCAAGUCAGAGAAGCAAGUGUAGUGGUUUAGAGAGUCAGGGAAGACUGACGAGCAAGAUGAAUUGUAUGAAAUUGGCAGGAGUGUUUGUAGGAGUGGGCCAAUAUGUUCCACAUGCUGUUGCUUUUAGGGAAGCUGUGUACAGGUUCAGCGUUGCAGAGACGUUUGUAGUGAGAUAUACCAGGAAUAGUAAGGAGAAGAUGAAUGUGAGGUGUAAAGUAGAAGGGUGUCCUUGGAAGAUAUGUGCACAUGCUGUUGGAAAGAACAGUCAUCUAUUAUGUGUGACUACAUUUUGCAAUAAGCACAUUCAUUUAGCCCAAGACAAUUUGAUUGUGACUUAUGGUAGGAGUGCUGCGUUGACAUCAUCAGUAAUAGUUGAAGAGAUAAGGGACCAUGCUGAAAAACGGCCCACUGAGAUAAGGAAGAUGUUGGAGAGGGAGUAUGGUGUGAGGCUUACAUAUUGCCAAGCAUAUAGAGCAAAGGAAAAGGGGACGUUACUAUCAGCUUCAGCAUAUGAUACGGAUAAUGAGAUGUUGCCGUUUGCAAUAGCAGUGGUGAAGGGAGAGAAUCUUGAUGAGUGGACAUGGUUUUUUCACAAGAUUAAACAAAUAGACCAAGGACAUCACUCGGUUACUCACCCUGUUAUUUCCACCAAGUGA